GUUCUGUGGUAACUGGAAUGUUAAACAUGUUAUCAUACAGCCAGAAUUCAUCUUGUAUUUACAGCUCUAUAUAGGUUCAUCUGAACCGUGGAAGAGUUUUUUUUUUUUCUGUAAAUUUCAGAAUACCCUUAUUUGGUUUGGUUAAACUUAAGCUUAAAUGUAGUCAGUAGCUAGCAUAGCUACCUGUGGGCAACGAGGCGGCUGCCGUUAGCAACGGGACGCGCAAGGCUCCACCGCCGGUUGCUUAACACGACGACUAGUUAAAGAAAACCAGAGAUCACGUUGGAUCUUUUGGUUAGAAGAGCCUUCUCCACGUCACCUCAAUGAGAUUAAAGACAUCACUCCAAAAGGAGCCCAAACACAAAGAGCUGGUCUGCUGUGUUGGCUGGACCACAGCUGAUGAGCUUUACUCCUGCAGUGAUGACCACCAGAUCUUUAAGUGGAACUUGCUGAACAAUGAGACGACGCUAGUGGUGCAGUUGCAGGAUGACAUCUACCCUAUUGAUCUUCACUGGUUCCCCAAAACUGUGGGGGGGAAGAAACAGAGCCUUGCGGAGAUCUUUGUGCUCACCAGCUCAGAUGGUAAGUUCCACCUGGCCUCCAAGACGGGGCGCAUAGAGAAGAGCGUGGAGGCCCAUCGGGGUGCUGUCUUGGCUGGUCGCUGGAACUAUGACGGGACAUCGCUCAUCACAGCUGGUGAGGAUGGCCAGAUAAAGAUUUGGUCAAAGAGCGGCAUGCUGAGGUCUACUCUGGCGCAACAAGGGUCGCCUGUGUACUCUGUGGCCUGGGGACCCGAUUCCGACAGGAUCCUCUAUACGUCAGGGAAACAGCUCAUCAUCAAACCCCUUCAGCCAAGCUCCAAAGCUCUUCAGUGGAAGGCUCACGAUGGAAUUGUUCUGAAAGUCGACUGGAACUCUGUCAAUGACCUUAUACUGUCGGGUGGUGAGGACUGUAAAUACAAGGUGUGGGACAGCUAUGGGCGCCAGCUGUACUCCUCAGCCCUGCAUGACUAUCCCAUCACUUCCGUGGCUUGGGCGCCCGAUGGAGAGGUGUUCGCCAUGGGGUCCUUCAACACCCUACGCCUUUGCGACAAGACCGGCUGGUCCUACGCCCUGGAGAAGCCCAACACGGGCAGCAUAUUCAGCCUGGCGUGGUCGGCGGACGGGACGCAGCUGGCCGGCGCCUGUGGGAACGGACACGUCAUCUUCGCGCACGUGGUGGAGCAGCGCUGGGCAUGGAAGAGCUUCGAGAUCACACUGACCAAAAGAAGGUCCAUGCAGGUGCGAAACGUCACGAACGAUGCUGUUGAUGUCCUCGAGUUUCGAGACCCCAUCAUCAAGGCCUCACUGUCCCACAGUCACCUGGUGGUCACCACCUCCCUUCAGUGCUACGUCUAUAGCGUGAAGAACUGGAACACGCCACUCAUUUUUGACCUGAAGGAAGGGACAGUGAGCCUGAUACUGCAGGCAGAGAGGCACUUCCUGUUGGUGGACGGUGCGGGCAUCUACGUCUUCUCUUACGAAGGGCGGCUUGUGUCCUCACCCAAGGUGCCGGGUAUGCGGACAGACAUCCUAAAUGCGCAAGCCAUCUCUCUCAGCAACGACACCGUAGCCAUCCGAGGCAAGACGGACGAGAAAGUCAUUUUCCUGUUUGAUGCUUUAACUGGGAAGCCCUUGGCAGAUGGCAAGCCCUUGACCCACAAGCUGGAGGUAAUGGAGAUCGCCCUGGACCAGUGUGGGGUGGCAGCCGAUAGGAAGAUCGCUCUGAUUGACAAGAAUCGGGACCUUUACCUGACCUCCGUCCGCCGCUUCAGCCGUGAGCCCAUUAUCAGCAAGAUUGGCACCAUGGUCCACACGAUGGCCUGGAAUGACUCGGCUAACAUCCUGUGCGCAAUCCAGGAUUCCCAGUUCACCGUGUGGUACUACCCCAACGCUGUCUUCGUAGACCAGGAGCUGCUACCCAAAACUCUUUUCUCAAAAGAUGCCAGCGAGUUCAGUCGGACGCCCCAGAUCCUGAACUAUGUGGGCACCCUGGUGACAAUCCGACGAGCAGACGGCUCCCUUGUCUAUAGCAGCGUGUCGCCCUACCCAGCCAUGUUGCACGAGCACACGGGCGCCUCACGUUGGAACGACGCUCUGCGGCUCUGCCGCUUUGCCAAGGCUUCCGAGCCGGAGGACCAGACACUGUGGGCCAGUCUGGCCGCAAUGGCUAUGGCCAGCAAGGAGUUGACUGCUGCUGAAGUGGCGUACGCUGCCAUCGGAGAGGUGGACAAAGUCCAGUACAUCAACUACAUCAAGGAGCUUCCCUCAAAGGAGUCCUCGCUGGCGCACAUCCUGCUGUUCAGUGGCCAUGUGCAGGAGGCAGAAACGAUGCUGCUACAGGCCGGUCUCAUCUACCAGGCCAUCCAGAUCCACAUAAACCUGUAUAACUGGGAUAGGGCUCUGGAGCUGGCAGUGAAACACAAGACACACGUGGACACUGUGCUUGCACACAGACAGAAGUACCUGCAGGACUUCAGCAAGAAAGAGACCAACAAGAGGUUCCUGCAGUAUUCUGAGGGGGUGGAGGUGGACUGGGAGAAGAUCCAGGCGAAGGUGGAGAUGGAGCUGGCCAAGGAGAGGGAGCGAGCAGCCGGCGCAUCGGUGUAGAGCCACAUGGCGCCUCUCCAGCGGACUUUGCCACCCCCCCCCUUCGUUGAGCCAGUGCUUUUUCAACCCUCGGCAUUAUGGGCACUCUUUACAAGGCCCACGUUAUGGGGCCAGCUGUGACCCAGGUACGGCGCUGUGCGUGCCAGAGACAGCAUGGGGCCGUCUGUGGAGGCAGUGACCGUCAGUGAAUAGGGCACCCUGUUUGUUCCUCUUUAUAGCCUGGCUAGCGGAGCGAAGCUCAGCCGAGCACGUCUGCUCUUCCUCUCAGACAUUCAGUCUGGUGCGGGGAACAUGUGAACGCGGUAUGUUCUCAGCCCAUUAUUUAUGUAUGCACCACUGAAAGGGCCUCUUUUAGCACAGAUUUCCAGUAUAAUUGAAUAUUUGAGAAAAGCUUUAUAUGAAAAUGCAUAACGUACAGGUUGAAUAAUCAACAGUAACAUGAUUAGUCACUAUAAUGAAUGUCUGAUGUCCUUUGCUGUGUAAGGCUCCUGUACAAGUGUCCCAGCAGCACUCCUCAUUAUUCUUACUGUUACGACAUUAAGCUCUUGUGCUGUGUACGUUCUCUAUUCAUACCAGAGGAAUGUAAAUUACUGUGUUAAUCCUUCUGGAGCCACUCUCUCUAGUUCUGUAUUUUGUAUGAAGUGCUUUCUUG